AUGCAAGGAUUGCCAACGUUUCUGCUCUGUAUAUUGCUGUAUUCGGGGUUCUCUGAUGCAUUUCGCAAGCAGGGUGUAGCAGUUCGAGGAGUUGAUCCGGACGAUACUUUGGACGAACAGCGAACGAAUGAGCUUGGGAUGUUCCAAGUUUCGGGAACCACACGUGAAUUGACUCCAAUCGAUCCUGUACUUUACAUAUGGCAUGAAUGUCGAGACGAACAGAAUGUGAGUUGA